AUGGUGUGUCAAGAUUUGUUUGUGUUCUUCUGCAGUACCAUAAACCAGACCCACAGCACAAAAGCUCAGAGAAGCAGUGGAUACGUCGACUUCGGCACCUUUCCAAGCUAUAUGGAACUGGAUAUAUGGGUAGAUGUGGAAAACAAGUUGGGGAAGGCUCGAUCGGACAUUCUGCUUAUAAUGGAUCCUAAUGAAAUGGGUAAGUGGAGGCAAAUGGACAUUCCAAAUGCCCUUUUAAGUUACAAUGAUUAUCUUCCUCCAGAGUUUUUAAUGGUGUGUGUCCUGUUUUGCAGUGAAAACGAAUCCCCCAUCAGAUGUCAAUAUUAUUUCAGAGAAGAACUUUUCCAGGACUCUCUUAGUGAGCUGGAAGCAACCUAUCCAUGAAACCAUUGUCAAACUGAAAUACAACGUCAGGUUCUGCACUGUGGGCUCUGGAAACUGGACUGAGGUAAAUAGCUACAAUCUCAGUACAAGUUAAAGGGAUGAUUUACUGCAACCUCAGUGUGUUCAACGUUUUUUAGACUUCAGAAGUUGACUAAUGUCGAGGUAAGUCUACUUCCAGGCCAUCUGUUGUGUAGUCUUUUUUUGGAAAGGAUCUGCGCCAUUAACAAAAUGCACAUGAGAUGGUUAGUUCAGGAGUAUUCCAGGCAGAGCAAAAAAGCUUGCUGCAAUUCUACACAUUUUGCCAUAGGGUGAAGACAAAUGUUUGCAGUUUUUAAUAUGAUAUAUGAUGAUCAAUGGGGACUCCCAGUCGGUAAUUCAACCAUGAUUACUACAAGUUUAGAUAGUCUAGCAGCCAGCUUACUUACCAAUCUAAAACAUUUUAGCUGACAUGAGCUAAUUGAGUGACUGUCAGUGACUGACAUAACAAGAGACAAACUGCUGAGGCACAACCACAUUUUGAAAUUGCACCUGGUGCAUUCUACUAUUCUAACUCUCAACAGUAAGUUGAGACCCCGACUGAGUCCGAAAGUAAAAAGACGCAAAAGCUGAGCGUAAAGGACAGGAAGCAUAGAAAUAGCGCACAUCGUACGGUUCUACCGCUUAUCAGACUUGCUUUCAAUGAGAAUGACAGAUCUGUAGCUAACAUUUCUAUGUGAAUUUGGUCAAGUCACCCACAAAGCUACACACUGGGCCUUUUAUUGUUAAAAGUCAUCUAUCCUAUUCUCAUUCUUAGGUGUUCUCAACAGUGAAUCAAACAUGCUACUCUCAUCUGUAUUGUUGGAGCUGUUUCAAGUCGGCGUUCUGUACGCACAAGUUUGUUGCCCUCUCGUGUCCAUCUGUCAUCAUACCCAUUUAAUUGACUGUUAUAGGUGCCCCCAAAUGACACUGAAAGUAGCAAGGAGUCUUUCCGUCUCCAAUAUCUCAAGCCGGACACGAAGCACGUAGUGCAGGUCCGCUGCAUGCAUCACACUGGCUACGGCUACUGGAGUGACUGGAGUGCCAACACUACCGCCAAGACCCCAAUGGACAGUGAGUAGCCAUGACAACAAGCAUAUGUCAAACUAUCGCCUUUCAUUGCGGGCAACCGUGUAGAGCCAUGACGAGAGUGUGCGAGUGAUUUUAAGUUCAAUAGUAUUGAGUGUGAUCCAGGUAGGUAGUCCAUAUGGACUGUACACUUUGUGUCGUUAUACAGUGGGGGAAAAAAGUAUUUAGUCAGCCACCAAUUGUGCAAGUUCUCCCACUUAAAAAGAUGAGAGGCCUGUAAUUUUCAUCAUAGGUACACGUCAACUAUGACAGACAAAAUUAGAAAAGAAAUUCCAGAAAAUCACAUUGUAGGAUUUUUAAUGAAUUUAUUUGCAAAUUAUGGUGGAAAAUAAGUAUUUGGUCAAUAACAAAAGUUUCUCAAUACUUUGUUAUAUACCCUUUGUUGGCAAUGACACAGGUCAAACGUUUUCUGUAAGUCUUCACAAGGUUUUCACACACUGUUGCUGGUAUUUUGGCCCAUUCCUCCAUGCAGAUCUCCUCUAGAGCAGUGAUGUUUUGGGGCUGUCGCUGGGCAACACAGAUUUUCAACUCCCUCCAAAGAUUUUCUAUGGGUUGAGAUCUGGAGACUGGCUAGGCCACUCCAGGACCUUGAAAUGCUUCUUACGAAGCCACUCCUUCGUUGCCCGGGCGGUGUGUUUGGGAUCAUUGUCAUGCUGAAAGACCCAGCCACGUUUCAUCUUCAAUGCCCUUGCUGAUGGAAGGAGGUUUUCACUCAAAAUCUCACGAUACAUGGCCCCAUUCAUUCUUUCCUUUACACGGAUCAGUCGUCCUGGUCCCUUUGCAGAGAAACAGCCCCAAAGCAUGAUGUUUCCACACCCAUGCUUCACAGUAGGUAUGGUGUUCUUUGGAUGCAACUCAGCAUUCUUUGUACUCCAAACACGACGAGUUGAGUUUUUACCAAAAAGUUAUAUUUUGGUUUCAUCUGACCAUAUGACAUUCUCCCAAUCCUCUUCUGGAUCAUCCAUAUGCACUCUAGCAAACUUCAGACGGGCCUGGACAUGUACUGGCUUAAGCAGGGGGACACAGCAGGAUUUGAGUCCCUGGCGGCGUAGUGUGUUACUGAUGGUAGGCUUUGUUACUUUGGUCCCAGCUCUCUGCAGGUCAUUCACUAGGUCCCCCCGUGUGGUUCUGGGAUUUUUGCUCACCGUUCUUGUGAUCAUUUUGACCCCACGGGGUGAGAUCUUGUGUGGAGCCCCAGAUCGAGGGAGAUUAUCAGUGGUGUUGUAUGUCUUCCAUUUCCUAAUAAUUGCUCCCACAGUUGAUUUCUUCAAACCAAGCUGCUUACCUAUUGCAGAUUCAGUCUUCCCAGCCUGGUGCAGGUCUACAAUUUUGUUUCUGGUGUCCUUUGACAGCUCUUUGGUCUUGGCCAUAGUGGAGUUUGGAGUGUGACUGUUUGAGGUUGUGGACAGGUGUAUUUUAUACUGAUAACAAGUUCAAACAGGUGCCAUUAAUACAGGUAACGAGGGGAGGACAGAGGAGCCUCUUAAAGAAGAAGUUACAGGUCUGUGAGAGCCAGAAAUCUUGCUUGUUUGUAGGUGACCAAAUACUUAUUUUCCACCAUAAUUUAUCUCAAAUUGAUGACUGGUGUGAUUUCUGCUCUCUUCUUUGUCCAGAGCCUACAAGUAAGCCAGACCUAUGGAGAGUGGUCAUUCCCAGCCAAGGCAACAGUGGGCGGAGAGUGCAAGUGAUGUGUAAGGUAAUGAAGAGCAUACUACUGCUUUAUUACCAGCUAUAUGGCUUGAAUAAUUAUUGGUGCGGGGCUCUACAGUGCAAACAUUUUACUCGUAUACGCGCCUAAAUAUUAUGCUGUGCGUCCUAUAAUUUUAAUUUAGGAGCACCAGUGCGCCUAGAGAAAUUAAGGAUUCUAGCUUUAAACCUCAAAUAUUUUUCAUUGUGCUCCUACAUUUCUUUGUGUGCUCCUACAUUUUUCAACUUGGGCGCACACGUGCUCCUUGUAACAAAGGUCAGCGUAGAACCCUGUGAUGAUUGGUUGUUGCCUUCUUCUUCCCAUCAUAGGAUCCAGUGGAGUCCAAUGGAAGGAUUCAAGGCUACAACAUUAAGAUCCAAGAUGGAGCCUGGGAGGCUGUGCCGGUCAAUGGCUCUGAGCUGAACUCCAGGUCGCAGGAGAGGAAAAUGAUCCCCCUUUACCAGAUUCUACUGUCUGACAAGAGAAGAGGCUCCAUUGAAUUGAAGGCCUGGAAUUCUGUUGGCAUGUCUCCCCGAGCGUCUUUGGGCAUUCCUAAAUUGGCCCACGGUGUGUGACCUUGUCAGCUAAAAUGUUCUCUCUCAUUCUUCCUUUGUAAAAUGUUACCAAUAAUAAUGAAUGAUAUUGGGUAAUAUAUUAUAUUAACGUUUUAUGUUAAUACAAUUAUCAAAGCAACAACUGAAUCUUGUGCUAGCUAACUAGCUCUGUUCAUAUAUUAAUAGGAAUGUUGGUCAAGAGAGACCAUAGCGAUGUCAACGAUUCACUGAUGUCAUGUGUUCUGCAUGUUAACUGAAAGCACUGUAGCUUGGCUUUGAGAUGUUCAUGUCAUGAUGUCAUGUUGUAUCCGUAUGUGCUGUGUAUUCCAGAGCCCCCUCCAGUGGCGUCGCUCAGUAGUUUUACCCAGGACGGGAGGUUGUGGGUGGAGUGGCAGCCCCCCAAUCUGGGGGCCACAGGGGUGACGGAGUAUGUCCUAGAGUGGGUUUCGGUCAGCGACGGCGCGAUGGACUGGCAGAGAGAACCUAGACACAACAGGAAGGCACCAAUUAAAGGUAAGAAUGAGACACAUGCCAUGUUUUAA